CAAAGUGGCUCAGUUCGCUGCCCGUCGCUGAACCAGUCGCACCCAGUGUAUCAUACGGUCUCGCAAGCGCAGAAGCUAAGAUACGCUAAAGUGCUACAGUGCUGUGUGUGUGUUGUGAUUAAUACAAAGAGAUUGAAUUUACCGGCCCUCUGUUCGUCGCUUGACGUAGCGUUCAAGUCACUAACGUGCGGUUUCGCCCAUUGUGCUUUAUUUGUCUUGCAAAUUGUACCACCCCGUCAGCGAAAUGGCCUACAAAGGAAAACUCACGAGCAGCUGCAUCCGCUUCGCCGCCGUUGCGUUGGUGGUGUUUGCACUGGCCGUCACUGUCCCACCGUGCAGCGCCCGUCCCGCCAUCGAAGGGGACGAGUCGGCUGACGGUAAAAUUGUCAAUCAGAGCGCAAACAUUAACCUGCCCCGGUCGAGCAUACUGGACAACAUAUUCAAUAUCCCAAUCCAAACGCUGAAGGCCGUCAACGAUCUGGUGCAGAGUAUUGCCGGAAAUUUGCAGCAGGCCGGUUCCGGCAGCUACUUCCGGGCACGGUCGGGCAACGUGCGCAACAUCAACGUGAACGUGGACGAGGAGGAGGAGGCCGAGGGCGCGAACGAGACGGACGGCAAGAAGAAGAAGAAACUGGACGAGAAGAACUAGACGAACUUGCUGGUCCGCGCGGUCAGCGUUUCGGUCUGCACUUUGCAUUCCAGUGCCGCAAGUCCACCCGAAGUCCACCACACAAAAGCAGGAGCAGGAAGUGGCAAAGUUUAAUGGCUAAAAAGCCGCACCAAACACAUCCACGGCGGGCUGAUUGCACCGUAAUGGUUAUAAUUUGAACGUGCACGCUGUCCCCGGUGCAAAUUUGUGUAAAUACUGAUGUUUCUGUUCUGCGAUUGAUCGAGCGAGGGGUUCUUUUAUGAGGGGCGCGUUUCGACGAGUUUCGGCAUUUUAAAACCGAUUUUACCCGCUCGAAAACACAUUCAUACACACAUUCAACACGCGAGUUGCGGUAGUAACGAAAUUAAGUGCGCUUAUUUCCGACGAAUAAAACCGCCAUAUCAUCUCACCUUU